AUGCUCGUGAAGAGGGUCGAGAUGUUUGAAUACGCGGCCCAAAUGGCACCGGCAGAGAGUGUGGCCGACGUCUACAAAGUGGUGGCCGCGUCGCCGCAGAGGAACUACUUCUUGUUUAUCUUCUUUUGCUGCAUUACUGUCAUCUUCGGCGGUGGACUCCUCUGCGGUCGCAUCACUAAACCCGUCACAACCAGCGAUAAAAUUAAAUAA